AUGGCCGCCGGGACGGGCACCAAGUCGUGGGCAGAGCUGGUCAGGACACGAGAACGAGCUCGUACGCCAACGUACACCUUCCGCACCGCUGCGCGCAACAGUGGUGGCUCGAUGUCACUACCUAGCACACCAGACUUGAAACCUACUGGGAAUGACUACGACGAGAUCAUCCGCAUCAAGGUCGGCACCGGCGCUAGCUCUAACUGCAAGACUUUCGACAUCCACAAGGGCAUCCUCAAGUUCUACUCCGGAUACUUUAGAGCGGCGAUCUCGAACAUCGAGAAUGGCCGAUUUGCCGAGUCAGGCGACGGCGUGAUCUGCCUCGCAGAAGACCAACCGCACACAUUCGACAAGUUCAAGAGCUGGCUGUACACCCGUGACGUCGGCUCGGUGGUGGAAGAGGGAGACUGCAACGAGAGUGACUGUUCUUGGAAGAUUCUCUGCCAGCUCUGGUGCUUUGGCGACCAGAGCUGGAUCCUUCUGCUUCAGAACGAAGUACUUAGCACGCUUCAUCGACGCAUCGCGCGCAGGAAUUUCACGCCGACAGUUGAGCUCGGGUACGUGUACGACAACACUGGCCCCCAGUCAGCGCUGCGCCGCUACAUGAUUCAUGCCGUGGCUAUGAAGUUCAAUGAACCGAAAGAGGUGCUCGAGUACGACGACCGCUUCACCAAAGAGAUCCUUCUGGACUUGGUAGCGGCGCUGCUCCCCAAACCCACGCGUAUAAACUCGCUAGAGUUCUCGAGAAUCGAUCUCUGCGAAUGA